GUAUCGGGCGUGGUUUGAAUGGGAGGCGGGGCCGCGCGCCCCUCGCCCCGCCCCCUGUCGCUGUCUCCCUUGUCUCCAACGGUCCGUGGUGCUAUUGCUUCAGGUUGGGGGCUGAGUGCACACAGGGAUGUUUUCCUGCUCUAGGACCUCGUCGCCGGGCUCGGCCACCUGCACGACCGCCGCCCCCUGCCAGGAGCGGCAGAAUGAGGUGGCUGCCUGCGAGGUUGCCGAGAAGGACCUCCAGGAGGGCAUGCAGGAGGGCAAGGAGCAGAUCAAGGAGCUGAAUGAGCGCUUUGCCAAGUACAUCAACAACACUGUGCUGAACCUGCAGCGCAAGAACAAGGAGCUCCUGGCUGAGCUCAAGAAGCUGGAGAAAGAGGAGUUCAUAGCAGUGGAGAAAGCUUACCAGAAAGACUACCAGGAUUUCCAAGCCAGAGUGGAUGAGAUCCAGAACGAGCUGGUGCUCCUCAAACUGGAGAAGGACAAGCUCAAGGCCAGGCUGGAGAAGGAGUGCCAGCUGAAGCGGGAAUUCGACCGUGACUUCCAGCACCUGAAGAAGAGCUACGAGGACGCGACUGCGGGCCUGGAGAAGCUCCAGUGCCAGUACAAGCUGCUGGAGGCCCAGCUGGCUCAGCUCAAGCUGGUGCGCGACCAGGAGCGCAUCUACUGGCAGCAGAAGGUGGACAACCUGCAGAACCUGGACCAGGCGGAGAGCAGCACCCUGGACCUGGAGCAGGCCCUGCGCAACAUGCGCCAGGAGUACGACCAGAUGGCCCGCCGCAACAAGGAGGAGCUGCAGCGCUACCGCCACAAGUUCGAGGAGAACAGCGUGCCGCUGCAGAAGAUCAAGAAGGAGACCGAGAUCUACCGCAACAUGGUGACUGACCUGCGGCUGCGGGACGAGAUGCACAAGAACCACCUGCAGGAGAAGGAGCGGGAGAUCAGCCGGAUCAAGGAGUACAACAAGUCCCUGGAUAAGAAGAUCGAAGCGCAGACCACUGACUUUCAGACUCUGGUGGCGGUGAAGAACGGGCUGGAGCAAGAGCUAUCUGGCUACAAGAGCCUCUUGAAUCAAGUGGAGAAGAAGGCAAGGGACUAUAACGCUCCAGUUUGCUUAACAGCCCCUCCUCCGCCUCCUCCCAAACCCGCUGAGGAUGUGAACAAGAUGUGGUGUUAGUGCUCUAUAAGGACGUUCACGGUUACAUCAUAUGUGUAUACACUGAUUUUAUUUUGAAUUUUGUGAGCAAUGCUUAAAAGACCCUUUAAAUUAGAUAACAGCAAUCUGAGUAUUUUGUUAAUAACUGUCAAAUCUGUUAUCAGGCACAACAAUGUUAUGCCCUGAAUAUUUUUUGGAAAUUCAUCUAACCUUUGCUUUUAACUAUUUAUGAUGCGCAAACAGUGUCCCCAUUAAUGUACAAAAGGUUCUUAGAAUGUCUGUAAGAUGGAACAUGUUAUAAGAACAGAUUUGUUUUUGUUCAAAGUGCCCCAAUUCUAUCACAACUCAAACCCAGAAGGUGCACCUUUUGGCCACACAGCUUCACAAGUAUGAAGUUCACAAGUUCCAGUUAACUUUGCUGGUUGCCAUCUCGUCAAGUUAGUUGGUGUCAUUAAUUUUAAUUUUUUUUUUCUGUGAGUAUUUGGCACAUACGCAAUUUUGUCAAUCAGAGGGAAGUCUAAACAGUAAUAGUUUGCAACACGAUACCAUUUUAGCUUUUCAGGUAUUCCCUUUCAUUCAAAACAGUGUGAGAAAAGUAAAGUUUGAUCAUUUAAAAUGUGUAACAGAUGUUACCUUCCGUCCUAAUUUCAUCAUUAAACCACAUCGUAAACAAUAUUUGGAGUGAUAUUUUGUGAUAAGUUCAAAAAGUGUAUCAGUCACCAUGUAGGUAUAUUUGACAUUAAUUCCACACAAAGACUUAUGCUGUGCUAUUAAUGGAGCAAAACUAGGUACUUUUGAUGUUUUACAAUCAGUACAAUAUAUUCCUUUUACAAGUUCUACAUUAAUUCUUCUGGUAGAACCUGCAGUAGAGGCAGAACACAACACCCUUGAGUUAUCAGGAAAGAAGAGCUGCACCAAGUUCAUAUAACCUUGCUAAUCUUCAGAACACCUUCUGCAGAGAUGGUUUGCAACCAAGGCUAAACAACUUCACAUACUCUGCUGGAUGGAGCACCCAUUGCUAAAAGUAUCCCUCUAGAUGUCAACCCAGGCUUCAGAGCUGCAGCUCAUUGAAAUUAUCUGGGGCGGGGCCCAAACUCAACCCAACCGAAACCAACCCUUUUGACUAAGCUAAGAAUGUCAUCACUCAGCCAUAGGUCAUGCUGCUGUUAAGACCCUGAAAUUGUCUCCGCUGGCCACAUCAUAGUGCAGGGGUCUAUCUUCAUGCAGCUCCACGCUUGGUACAGUUGUGAGCUGAGCAACUACUUUCUUUCCCCCAGUAACAAUAUCUGAGCAUUAAGAUGCAGAAAUGUAGGUGAAAGUGCAAAGGGCACGGUUUACAUUUCAUCAAUAUUAGGCAGGAAUCAAGUCAGGAAAGCCUUUUGUAUUUCCAUUUGUAAGCUAAUGAAGAUUUUAAAACGCUUUGCUUUUUCUAAAGGCCACCGCUAUUCGUUUUCAUAUUUGUUCAUCGCAUAUUGCUGGCUUAGUCGGCGACACUUAU